GAUUGACUUAUAAGUAACACUUCUUUGGAAAUGAAUAAUGGGUUUUUUAUAUGAAUCUGAAGCUGAAGGAACAAAUUUAUUUUUAAAGAUGAUUAUAACAUGGUUUCAGUUUUCUGCUUUUACAAAUGAAUUUUUAAUUCAUACCGAUUAUUCGGAUUAGUUCUGCUCUCCAUUUGAUUUGUCUGAAAAAAAUCAAGUUAAAUCUCCUCCAGAUGUUGCUAAUGAAGUUUGUGAUCUUUUGUGCCUGGGUUUGCAUCGCCAUAGCCAGUGCUAAAAGAAAGGUGAAGUUUGGACUUCAAAAUUUCACGGGCCAUCCCAAUGACUACCGCCUCAAGGUUUUUACUGGGGUCCACAUCAUAGCCACGUACAACUAUCCGGUCGAGACGCACACGGUGCUCACCAGGGAUGGCUACAUCCUGGACAACUUCCGGAUUCCGUCAUCGGAGCGCUGCCGGAAGAGCGGAGUCGGAGUGAAGCCGGCCGUCCUCAUCCAGCAUGGCAUGACCGCCUCGGCGGACUCCUUCCUGAUGACCGGUCCCAGGAGUGCCCUGCCCUUCCUGCUGGCCGACGCCUGCUACGACGUGUGGCUGAGCAACUGCCGCGGCGUGCGCUACUCCCAGCGCCACUCGGUGCUGAAGUCCUCCCAGGACGCCUUCUGGCGCUUCAGCUGGCACGAGAUCGGAAUGGAGGACCUGUCUGCCCAGAUCGACUACAUCCUGGCGACCACGGGCCACAGCGCGCUGCACUUCGUCGGCCACUCGCAAGGAUGCACCACGCUGAUGGUCCUGCUCAGCAUGAGGCCGGAGUACAACAGGAAGAUCAAGACCACCAGCCUACUGGCCCCCGCCGCCUUCAUGCACCACUCCACGGACGGGAUGAUAAAUAUGCUCGAGAAAGUCAUUAUGGAGAUGAAGGACUGCAAUUUUUUUGGCCACACCAGUGUACUGAAUUUCGUAUUGGCGCUUUUGUGCCAUCACUCCACCUUGAAGAAGUUAUGCACAUCUUUGUUCUUGCUCAGCAACAGUAAAUCCAAGAACAUGAACCAGAGCAUCGUUCCUUUGCUGUUGGCAACGCAUCCCGGCGGCAUUUCUUCGCGUCAGCCGAAGCACUUUCUGCAGAUCAGGAAAUCCCGAAAAUUCCGCCCGUUUGACUUUGGACCCAAACAAAACAAAAAAAUCUACAAACAAUGCUCGCCUCCGAACUAUCCAUUGGAAAAAGUCCGGCCCAUGUCGCCCAUUCACAUUUACUACAGUGAUGGGGACAAACUGACCUCUGCGAGGGAUGUUCUAAAACUGGCUAGCAAGUUGGACAACGUGGUCAAGCAUCACAUUGCUGACUCAUCCUGGGAACACACCGACUUUCUUUUCGCCAAGACCGUAGAUACAGUCAUCAAUCAACCAGUUAUCAAAGUUAUUGACCAAUUUGAAAGUAAAAGAAAAUGGAAGACAAGGUAUUAUUAGGUAGAAAACUUUGUAUUAUAAGACUUAAAAAAGAGGAAAUCAAUUAUUUAAAAUACUUAAUACAUAAUGUUAGUUUUGGUGUUGUAUAUAGACAAAGUAAAUCAAAUACAAAUAUUCUAAAAGAAUUGUAUCUUAAAGAAGAACAUUUAGAUUCGGGCCACAGUGCUGUUCCCAUCCAAUCAGAUGCGCUUGACCAGAAUAGGAUAUCGUGUUAAGAAAUUAUAAAGUUUUUGAACUUACCCUGACUUGCGCCUAUCCAUGAAUAGAGAUAAAUAUUCUGUACCAGAUACAGCGGCAAUGCCUUAUCGUAAAUGAAAAUAUAAUUGUGUUGGGACUAUUGUAUUCGUUGAAAAGAAUGCAACAGGUAGAAGACAGCGUUUCCGAAACAUGUCCGUAUGUCUGUCCGUUUGUUUGUCCGUAUGAACGUCUAAACUCGAAAACUAUAAAAGCUAGAUAUUUAGAGUUUUGAAUGUACUUUCUAGCUGUGCAGUGUACAUUUAAUGCAGCUACGCCCAUUCUAUCGUACACAUAUCGCAAACUUGGACCAUUUGGACUUCAUUUUCCCUAAGACCGUAAAUGAAGUGAUCAAUCAACCGACCAUCAGAAUUAUUAACGACUUUGAGAAAGUCCAAAUGGGAUAACGAACUAUUUGUAAAUUAUUAUUUACAACAAUUUUAAACCAUUGUCUACUGUGUUAAUCAUUGGAAUUUCCUAUACUUCCGUUAAACAUAUGUUUCUUGCAAAAAAUUGUAAAUAUAUGCACAUUUGUAACUUUUCCACAUUGUGAUUCACAGACUAAGCUGUCACACCAUAAAGUAAUUUUAUUUAUUUCAUAGCUUGGGAUGUCUACUAAUGUAUGUAGUUCAUGGGCGUGUGGAAAAAACCUUGUGUCUUUAACGAAAGCAUAGACUGGUUGGUCCAUCAUGUUUGUAAAAAUUGUUGCAAGAAUUUCAUUAUUUAAAAUAAAUACACAAACUCAAAAAUUCUUCUUAAAAGAACAAAUUUAAAUAGACAGAAACUGCCAUUACUUUAAGUUGAUGUUCCCAAGCUGGUUUUUAUUAAAGUUCAGUUCACUUAUUCAUGGCUCUAAAAGCUUAGUAAACAAGGCUACAAAUAAAGGCUUAAGAAAAACAUGUUCAAAUUUUGUUAGUGAAGUUGAACUUAAAAAAAUUCCUUGUUUGUAGCUUAUAUCUGUAACACAACGGAAUUUCGUUUAGGACAUUCCAAAGCUGGUUAGCUAGUUGCCUAAGUCAGUAAAACAUCAGAUAAAAUUGACCUUGGACUUGGGAUUUUUU